UACAUAUAUCUGCAAAGUCGCGCGCAAAGAUCAAAUUAUAUAUUCUAAAGCUACAUAAAAUUCUCUAAAACAUUCGUUUAAUUUCAAGAGCGGACUUUUUUUGACUAAUAAUCUUUAGCAUCUACAUUUCAAGGUAAAUUUUUUGGUAAGAAAAUAGGAAAGUACCAAAAAGUAUAAAUUACCAAGAUAUUCAAAUAAUUGAUUCCAGUUGAAAAAGAAACAUUUUCUUUAAUAGGUUAAUCGCCAAAGGCCACUUAACUGAUUACCCGGUAUCGCGCCGAUUCCCGUAUUUCUUUGGAUAUGUAUUGUUCGUGAAGAAGCGAGGUGAGUAAAUAAUGUGAAAUGUGGUAUUUGUGACUUUUACUUUUCCCUCUCUAAGUCCAACCGAUCAACCAGUUUUUCUAUCUGCCUCCAUAUGGUCGAAACACUGUGCGCCGUAAGUGUUAAUUUUGCGAUAUGGAACAUGUAAUUUGUAGCCUUUAACAAGAUUUAUGGUAUCCUGCCCAUUCCAAUACAUAACUAUGUACAUACAUAUGCAUGUACAAAGGCGUUCGUGUACAGUAGGACUUGGAUAGGUUACACCUCGAAACUCAGAAAACUUAUAUAAAAACUUAUAAUUGAAAUAAAAUUUCGGUUUUUCAAAUAUGAAGGCUUCAUAACUGUUAUAGAUCGAAACAGGCGAUAAUUCGAAAUUACUUCUUUCCGUUUCUCGUAAUUAAGAGGCAGAAAGGGUAUUAUAAGAGGUUAUAGCAGCGAAACGAUUUUUUUCGAAAAAAAAACUUCAUAUUACAAACCAGUUGGCUCUUAAUUUUUCGAGCUAUGCACGUUUUACUGUAUACAAAGGUAUACAAAUGGUUGUCCCGACAACACCUUGCUAAAAAGCCUAGGACACAACAAAUGUAAUUUCCGUCGCAAUGGUGCUUUAGUGAAAAAUCAGUCAUUCGAUUUGAGUUGCAGCUCAAAUUAGUUGACCUAAGGACGUUACGCAAAAAAAAAUUAAAAAUUUUUUGCAAAAAUUCCAACAUGACUGAAGACUCGUGGGUGUUAGAUUCGCUGGUGUGCUUUCUACAUGGACCUGUUUGGAAUGCGCCACUUCAGACGUUCAUCGAGGAGAAAUCAUUAGUUUUCGAUCCCAAUAUGCAAAUUGAUGAGAAUAAUUCCGACAUUGUGGCCAUACAUAAUGAGUACAAGAAUCUAGUAGACUACAUGCUGGGCAGCUUUAUGGAAGAAAUGCAAAUUACACCGGAGCAAUUUGAGACGGCUUGCAUGGAAGGCCGAAACCCGGACAAUCAUUUGCACUUUCACCAGGGUCUUUUUCAGCAGAUUUGGGCAGCCAAUGAUAUAAAAAUGUUUAUACGCAUGAUGACUCAACGGAAUGUGGAGCUACAACUGCAGGCGUUGGAUUUGAUUGAGA